AUGGAGGAAACUGGUAAUGUUCUUCAAUUAUCUUCAUUACGGAAAUUUAAUUUCCAAGUUAAACCUUCAAAAAUCCUCAAAUUCCUGUAUAUUCCACUUCUUAUCUGCUUCUAUUCCCCUUUUCUCACUUCUCCAACAGCAACAGCAAUAGCAACAACUUCAAUUUCAGCCUCAAACUUUCUAUCGUAUUAUGGCCCUCAAUGUGACCACAUAGUUCGUCAAUCUCUAUCUUCUGAUACCCACGUGACCUUUGUUUUUGGCGAAGACAAAAUCCUCUAUUUUGAUAUUGCUUACUUCACCGGCGGCAGCCCAAUCCUACGCAAAAGGGCUGAUAACGGUGACGCGGAUUCGCCUUCCAUUUCGCUCUCAUUUCGCCCAAAAGGAAAUACAAUUUCUCUUACCCAAAUCCCACACGUGCUUAAGCUACAAGCUACUCUCAGAUUCCAUUUUCCUUUCCAUUUGAACAUGACGUGGAACCGGAAUUUGAGGGAGAUCAGGUUCCGGCCACCAAGAUUUCCCGUGAAGGCAAGGUCUUUGGUUUUCGAGUUAUACGGGUUUUGGUCUAUGGAUACUGGGAAGCUGUGUAUGGUUGGAUCUGGAUCGAGUCACCCACAUUUGGGUAUUGUAAGUUCUUCGAAUGUUGUUUUAAAGCUUAAUUAUCCAGUGCAUUUUAGUAAUAUUAGUGGCUUGAUCAUUGGGGCUUUAGAGAGUUUGAACGAUAGGGGUGAUUCUGGUUAUUUUGAGCCUGUUUCAAUUUUGGGGAUACCUCAUUUUGGUGAAUAUAAAUAUAGAUUGAUAGAUAGGGGAAGUAAUGUAUGCGUUGGAGGAAGUGAUGGAGAGAAUGAGAAUUUACAUUUAGAGUGGCAACAUCCUAGUUCUUGCUUGAGUCAAUUGUAUAAGUAUGCUAGGUAUUUUGAAUUGGAUUAUGGCAGGGAAUGUGGUAGUAAUGAAGGUGGUAAAUGUAACCCUCUUGGUGGGGAUUCUGGGACCUUGCCCAAGUUUAUGACCAUUCAAGGAUUUAGAUGUGAACCUGGACGUGGGAUUCGGCUAUUGAUAGGAUUCUUGAACACUGGCUAUCAUUCUGAGCCUUUUAUUUAUGACAGAGUUUUUAAUCCUAACAGAACGUUAAUUGGUGAGGGAGUGUGGGAUGAUAAGAAGGAUAGGCUCUGUGUGGUUGCUUGUCGAGUCUCGAAUUUAAAGGAUUCAUUAGUUAAUGCUUCUGUUGGUGAUUGCUCGAUUCGCUUAAGCUUGAGGUUCCCUAAGACCUUGACAAUUACACAGAGGAGUACUGUUGUGGGACAAAUUUCAAGCACUGUGACUGACAGUGAAACUGGCUACUUUAAUAAAAUCAGAUUUCAUGGUUCUGAGAAUAGGAUAACAGGCCUUCCUGGUCUGAAUUAUGAGUAUACUAUGCUUGGAAGGGUAAAUAAAGCUUGUCCGAAACAGAAGACCAUGAAAGGCCGAGGAAAGACAUAUCCUAACGCUUGUUCCACAGACAUGAGAUUCCAAAUGAUAGUGAGAAAUGGUAAAGGACAACUAUCACAGGGAUAUUCGUCACCGUUGUUUGUGGGUGAUCAGCUUUUUGAGCCUUUUCAAAUGAAUAAAAACCACAGUGGUCUUCUAAAUAUUAGCUACAAGAUGAGCUUCACAACUUCUUCCUCUUUGAAGUCGGGUGGUCAGCUUUUGUCAAAAAAAUCAAUAGAAAUUUCUGCUGAAGGGACAUAUGACAAUGAGUCUGGUGUUCUGUGCAUGAUAGGCUGUUCGAAUUCGAUAUUACAUGUUACGAACUCAACAAGAAAUGAAUCUGCAGACUGCAUGAUUUUGAUCAAUAUUCAAUUUUCUCCAGUGAAUGCAAAGAGUGGGAAUAACAUUAAAGGAACUAUUAAAAGCAUGCGGCACAAGUUGGACCCUCUUUACUUCCAGGAACUUGAAAUAUCUUCUAACUCGAUUUAUACAAGUCAAGCUGCAGAAUCCAUCUGGAGAAUGGAUAUGGAGAUUACCAUGGUUUUGAUUUCUAAUACUCUUGCUUGUGUCUUUGUGGGAUUGCAACUCUAUCAUGUGAAAAAGCAUCCAGACGUGCUACCCUUCAUUUCCUUUGUGAUGCUUGUUGUUCUUACACUAGGUUACAUGAUACCUCUACUGCUAAAUUUUGAAGCCUUGUUCAUGUCCAAUCACAGCCGACAAAAUAAUUUUCUUGAGAGUGGUGGAUGGCUUGAAGUAAAUGAGGUAAUAGUAAGGGUUGUAACAAUGGUAGCCUUUCUUUUGCAGUUCCGUCUGCUACAACUUGGUUGGUCUGCCAGGCAGAAUGAUCACAAUCAUAGAAGUUUGUGGCUCUGUGAGAAAAGGGUUCUAUGUUUGUCCUUGCCAUUGUACAUAGGUGGUGCGUUGGUUGCUUGGUAUGCUCAUCAAUGGAAGAAUUCCCACAGGAGUCCAUUUUUACAUCCUCACCACUUUGGUUACCAGCAGCAUUAUCACUGGAGAGACCUUAAAUCUUAUGCUGGUUUGAUUCUGGACGGUUUUUUACUUCCACAGAUAAUGUUCAAUGCAUUCUUGAAUUCAAAGGAGAAUACUCUUGCCUCUUCCUUUUAUCUUGGGACAACUGUUGUCCGUUUACUGCCUCACGCGUAUGACCUCUACAGGGCUCGUAAUUCUGCCUGGUCCCUCGAUUUGUCAUAUAUAUAUGGAAAUCACAAACAUGAUUUUUAUUCCACUGCAUGGGACAUCAUUAUCCCUUUUGUUGGUCUGCUGUUUGCUGCCUUUAUUUACUUGCAACAGCGAUAUGGUGGCCGUUGUGUUCUUCCUAGGAGAUAUAGAGAGACAUCUGAUUAUGAAAAGGUUCCUGUUGUGAGCAGUGAUGAAGUGCCAGGGGAUGCUCUUAACUGA